GCGGCAGUGUCCCCGUGGGGAGAUACCGGAGGUGUUCCUCAGACCGUCUCUACUCGCCGAGUCCACCUCGCGCGCGCGUCGCUUCCUUCGCGGACAUUCCCCAUCAGCCGGCAACCAUGCCCAUCGAAGACUCGGGGAGCAAGCCGGACUUCUCGGACGACGAGAAGAAGGCCAUCAAGGACUCGUGGAGUGGCGUCUACUCCGAAUACGAGUCGACGAGCUCCGAGAUUCUCAUCAAGUUCUUCGUGGACAAUCCAUCCGCGCAGGACUUCUUCCCCAAGUUCAAGGACCUGGACUCGGAGGAGAAGCUCAAGGGCUCCACGGCGGUGCGCUGGCACGCCGAGAGGAUCAUCAACGCCGUCAACGACGCCAUCUGGCUCCUGGACGAGCCCGAGAAGAACGCCAAGAAACUAAAGGAGCUGAGCGAGAAGCACGCGGUGCAGCUCAACGUCGAUGCCAAGUUCUUCAAGGUCCUGGCUGAGGUGAUCCUGGACAAGGUGGCAGAGAAGAACGACGGCUCCUUCUCGGACAGCGCUCGCUCUGCGUGGGAGAAGCUGCUGACUUACAUCUGCAUCAGCCUCAAAGUCGCCUACUAAAAAUUCAUGUCGCUUUUCAAAUAAAAUGCAAGUCAAAUUCCUGCUCAAACGAGCAGCAAAAAACACAAAACACCCACGUACAUGCUACGGACAAAAUCUUGGAAUGUUGGUGCUUAAAUUACAGAAAUAAAGAUGCAUUCGAGGUUAUAAAA